AAAAACUUCAGGCACUGUGCUAAACUUUAAAAAAAGUUUACAAAAAAGAAAAGGGGGAGUUCCUGCUCACAAUCUAAUGGAGGAAACAGUAUGAGAGGAACCAUGUACAAAGAAUACACGUACACGCGAUAAAUUGUGGGUAUUCUCAGAGGGAAGGCACGAAGAUUAAGGAGUACUGGGGGAAAGCUGCUUGCACAAGGUGGGAUUUUAGUUGAAACUUCCAGGAAGUAAGGAGGUAGGGCUGAGGGAGGAGACUGUCCCUGGCAACUGGGACAGCCCCUAACAGCGCCGGAGGCAAGUUGGCCACAUUUCCCUCAUUUCCAAGGCCCUGGGCAGCAGGCCCAACCAUUUCCCUCACGCUGCCACAAACGUCUUUCUCAGGCUUGCGACAGGAGCGGAAGCCUAUGAAUAUUUUGCCCAGGGAGGCCGCGUUCUGGGAGGGUGUUGGGCCCCAGCUUCCCGGGUAAGGACACCUGCAGGCGGCAGGUCCGGGCCUUGCACGGUUUAAUGAGACAUAUGUUAUUUUAUGUCUCAGUUAGGAGCGGGGAAAUUGGGCCUUUCCCGGGCUUUGAAUUACCAGAGGCAGAAAAUUGCUUUAUUGUCAGGACAUUAGGGUUACUAAUGCAGCGUUGCGGGCGCGGCCGGACCGUGAAGCCUCGGGAGAAAGGACUGAUUCGUGGCCUCUAUUGGCAUCUUCAUCUCGGCUCCGCGGGGGCUGCGCUCUUCGGUCACAGUCAUUAUCCACGGCCAUUCCUUCACCGACAAAGUUCGGCAGGACGCGCUUUGCUGGAAAAGGGGCCUCUGGUCACAGAGAGACAAACUGCUUCCACGAGCCCCGAGCCCCUCAGGCUACCCUCUCCCCAGCCAGCCUUUAGCUUCUUGGAGUGGAUUCCCAGGGUGACUUCCCUAGCAAAGAUGAGCAAGUGAGUCACGGGGUGGCGUGAGGAAGGCCAAGGAGACUGAGUCCUCCCCACUGGAGAAAGUCCUAUUUCAAAUCGGCCAGUGGGCAGCUGGCCGCCAAUCAGCUAAGUGUCCCAGCCUGUCAUACGGUCUUUCCCUCCCUCUUUUCCUUCCUCCCGCUCUCCCUCUAUUGCGCCCCCCCCCUCACGGGGGGCGGAGGGCCAGGACCAGAGAGCGGUAUUGACAUGUAAAAUAAGGGCCCCCUAUAAAGGCUGGGCAUUCCUGUGCUAGUCGCGAGGAUCCCAUUGCCGCUGCAUAGAGCCCAGGAAGAGGAUGGUCACCGAUUCAGCGUCUCGAGGGAAUCUGGCCGUGUGCAGCUUCCGAAAGAUAUCCAAGCCACUAAUGGAAAAGAAGCGAAGAGCGAGGAUCAAUGUAUCCUUGGAGCAGCUGAAAACGCUGCUGGAGAAACACUAUUCGCACCAGAUCCGUAAGCGCAAACUGGAGAAAGCAGAUAUCCUGGAAUUGAGCGUCAAAUACAUGAAAAGUCUGCAGAAUUCUGUUCAAGGUGUUCCUCCAGUGUUCACCAGCGCCGAGUACCAGGCAGGCUUUCGGAGCUGCCUCCACGGGGUGAGCCAAUUUCUGCGGCGCUCUGAGUCAAGCUACAGUCUGCCUUGCCACCUGCUGCAAGAACUCGCCCACGUCGGCCUCCAGGCAGGCACCCAGGGCUUCAGUACCACGGACAGCACCACUCCAAUUUCUAACCCUGAGGCGCAGUCCCCGGGCUUCUCCAGAAGCUCCGGGGCGGCGGAGCCUUGGGGAUCUUCUCCCUCGGCCAGCACCCUGCGGCCAUCUAGACAGAGGCUUCUCCUUCCUACUGCAACCCCCACCGCUAUCCCCACCAACCCUCCCGAGAGUCCCCAGCCGGAAGUCCAUCGGAACAGCGCCUCUGCAGAGAGUGGCAAAGGGCAGAACGUGUGGCGUCCUUGGUAACCAACCCUAUGCCCGCGUCCGGCUGGAAAAGAGAACUGUAUGCCCAGAGCUGACCAGAGCGGCAGUUGGAGGGCGGCAGCCUCGGAGUAUUGAUACCUGUAGGAGCUGUCGAUUCUCUGCUCUGGGUAACUGCGGGAGCACUGGCUUUGAUGUCCUUUUCUUCUCUCCGCCCCUCGGGGAGCUGUAUUAAGAGAGCAUUUUGACUUCGGGCUGGAGAAAGGAAAAGCCUCAACUCCCACUUGUGUAUAGGCUAUUUGUUAGGCGCUAUUUAAAAAGAAAAACAACCAACACAGAGUAAAUUCUCCUGUUUGAGGGUCCUUCCGUUGCAGGGACGGUGGAGAACUGGGAUACAAAGAUAACUCCGGCUUUGAAGGGGGGAGAAUAAGCUAGAAAUGUCUCCAGGAAAACGUCCCAGGUACUCCUGGAGGAUCCUCAGCAAGCUCAAUUCUAAACCCCAGUAGCAGUUUAGCCAUCUUUCCCUUCUCAGCGUUUGUACAUUUCCUGCAUGUGAAAUAAAUAGAAUCACCGA